UCCUGUUAGCAUGGAAGUGAAUUUUCGAUAUCGUUUUUGAUUCGUCAUUAGCGAAAAAAGUGAAAUUUUAAUGAAAGUAAAAAGCUACGCUAGUGGGAGAAACGUUAAGAAAGAAGGUAUACUUCUACUUUCUUUAGCUUUGAAUCAUCUUUAACAAAAUUUGGGUCAUACGUUGUUCACAGAGUUAAGUAGUGUCGUGGUGGUUAUUCGUGUAUUGUUGUGACAGGAUUUUUACACAUUUCGAGAUGCAAAUUGUGAUAACUCUUAUAGGAAGAAUAUCAAUAUUUUGCUUGCUCUUCCGUUCAACAAAUGAGUACACACCUAGACAAUAUUAUGAACCCUGGUUAGAUAUUGAAAAUGAGUCACCGAGAUGGGUUAAGGUACAUAAACCUAGACACGUUGAUAAUAAUCAGUACGGCGACCAAUUAAAGUUUACAAACAAUCCUAUUAACUUACCCAGUGAUACAGAUUCAGGACGACAUUUUAAACCUGAAACAAUAUUUCGGAUAACUGAAACGUUAGGAGCUAUAAACACGGUGGGACGUUACUUGGUAAAUAUGACAAGAGGUGAUAGAGACAAAUCAAUAUCGCAAGAUGUACCAAAUGCUUUGUACACUAUAAGCAAAAACGUUUUGGGUAGAAAUGUUACCGACACCAUCGCACCGUUAGUGAGAGAAGCACUUCCAAUACCUCAAAAAGAUGCUGAAGAGAAAACCGACAAUAAUUCAGAGGAUGAGACCAAUGGAGGUGAUACUAGAUAUUGUACCACUCCAGAAGGACUACCAGGGUACUGUAACGAUUUAAGUGAUUGUCCACAGCUAUUAUUAAAUUUAGGAAAUUUGCGACAGUCUUUAUGCUUCAAGAGUCUGUUUGUACCCGGUGUAUGUUGUCCAAAGUCGACAGAUGUGAUACAAACAACAACAAAACCACCAAUAGUACCAGCACCAUCAAUAACAUAUACAACUACCAGUAUACCACCACCAACAGUACAAAGCUAUACAACUAAGCAGCCAGUAACGAUACCUAGUAGUACAACUACUUUAAAUCCGUUUGUACCCAGUCUCGCUGACUUACCCAUCGGUGGCAAUAUUGUGGAUCCUGAAGAAUGUGGACAACCGGAAUCUGCCAAAUAUAGAGUAGUAGGUGGAGAAGAAGCUUUGCCAGGAAGAUGGCCGUGGAUGGCAGCAAUAUUCUUACAUGGCUCAAGAAGAACAGAAUUCUGGUGUGGAGGAUCGUUAAUAUCAGCACACUAUGUUCUUACAGCCGCUCAUUGUACGAGAGAUUCUAGACAGAGACCGUUCGCCGCCCGACAAUUUACAGUGCGUUUGGGAGAUAUUGACUUAAAGAGGGACAAUGAACCUUCGGCGCCAGUAACCUUCAAAGUUUCAGAGAUCAAGGCUCACCAACAGUUUAGCAGAGUUGGUUUCUACAAUGAUAUAGCUUUACUGAAAUUAGAUAAACCGGCUAGAAAGUCAAAGUACAUUAUACCAUUAUGUUUACCUCCUCCGGAAUUGAAAAAUGAGAAGUUUGCUGGGCAAAAGACCACUGUAGUUGGAUGGGGUACAACUUAUUAUGGAGGUAAAGAAAGUACAAUUCAAAGACAGGCAGUUCUGCCCAUUUGGAGGAAUGAAGAUUGUAAUCAGGCUUACUUUCAACCAAUUACUUCCAAUUUUAUUUGCGCUGGAUAUUCUGAGGGUGGGACUGAUGCUUGUCAGGGAGACUCCGGUGGUCCAUUAAUGAUUCAUUGGGAUGCCAGAUGGAUUCAGGUUGGAGUUGUCUCUUUUGGCAAUAAAUGUGGUGAACCAGGUUAUCCAGGUGUUUACACUAGAGUUACAGAAUAUUUGGAUUGGAUAAAAGAAAACACAAGGAAUUAAUAAUUUGAAGAAGAAACUGAUGUUAUUUAUUGUAUCUGUGUAUAUGUACCAUUUAUUAAUUUUACGAAUUUGUAUGGUUUUUUAUAUGAUUACGCUUGAUAUUGAGAAUUGUUAAUUUAUCUUUAAAUUAAGUGUAGUAAUAGUAUUUAUUUAGUAUGUUUUUACUGCU